AUGGAGGAUCUGUACAAGUUUUUAGGAGUCCUGAUCUACAUGUCAUUGGUGUCGCUGCCAAGUCUCCAGGACUACUGGCAACAGAAUCAUAUUUUGUCUGUGCCUCUUCCAGCCAAAGUGAUGACCAGGGACAGGUUUCGCUCCAUAUUUUGGAACAUUCACCUCAGUGAUCCUGAGGAGGAUGCAGAAAAUGACAGGAAGAAGGGAACACCAGGCCAUGACAAACUGUAUAGAGUCAGACCUCUUUAUGAUGACAUUCUCAGUGCCUGCCAGGCUUAUUACCACCCGAGGAGGGAGCUGGCAGUGGAUGAAAGGAUGGUGGCAACUAAAGCAAAAACUGGUAUGACACAGUACAUGAAGGACAAGCCAACUAAAUGGGGAAUAAAACUUUUUGUGUUGGCUGAGUCAAGCAGUGGCUACACAAUCAGGUUCAGCAUAUACACGGGCAAGUCUAUGACUGCAAGUAAGCAUGAUGUCGUCAUGAACCUUAUUCGGCCAUCCUGUCUUGGCACUGGGUACCAUACUUACAUGGACAACUUCUACACGAGUCCCAAACUGUUCAUGGACCUGGCCAGCAUGAAAUUUGGAGCAUGUGGCACCUACAGGGAGACCAGGAAAGGAUGUCCCAGAGGGAGGGCAAAUGCUCUCACUAAAAAAUGUGAACAAGGAUCUGUGAGAUGGAUCAGAGAGGGCCCACUUGUCUUCGUGAAGUGGAUGGACACACAGGAGGUGUCUGUGUGCUCCACCAUCCAUCCUGCACUUUCAGGAGAGACAGUGCCAAGAAGGGUGAAGAACAGAGAUGGACACUGGGCUGUGAGAGACAUUCCCUGUCCUACACCAGUCAUAGCUUAUAACAAGCAUAUGGGUGGUGUUGACCUGUCAGACCAGCUCAUCCAGUACUACUCCACCCACAGAAAAACAUCUCGCUGGUACAAGACCAUAUUAUUGCAUUUUUUGGACAUAGCAACAACAAAUGCCUUCAUCUUGCACCGGGAGAUUAGCAGUGCCAAGAAAGUGCAGCCCAUGACACACAAAGACUUCAUGGUGGAGCUGGUGUGUCAGCUGUGUUGGAUAGACAAGGAGGGUGUUCCCCAGAGCAGGAGAGCUGAUCAUGUCCCUGUGGGGGACACAGAUGCUAGAGAAAAAGCCACCAAAGGGAGGCUGAAAUGUAAACGCUGCCUCCAGGUGGACAACAAGAGACAUGACACACCCUGGAAAUGUCAGGCCUGUGAUGUGCCCCUCUGUCUUGUGGUGGACAGGAACUGCUUUGUAGAGUGGCACAAAUAA